CUUAUGGCGUAUUUUCUUCAUCGAUCGUUUUUCUCUCCUGAACAAGAGACAACACUAAAGCUAAUGAUCUUUUUCUUGGAGAUGACUCUUUGAUAGGGAGAUUGCGAAGGAGAAUAUUUGGAGUUGCUAAUCACGGUCUCCAUUUAUCGUUCGCUUCUCAACAAGUGGGGGGACGGGGACCUGCUUCUUGUUUCUUCCUUUUUCAACACCGAGGAGAAUUGUGAAGUUUACUACUUAUCUCCAAUAGCAAUAUGAUGGCGCUGGCGCACAUUCGUGGACGCGAAAGUAGGACCGUGCGUUUGCCUUCCUGAAGAACCGCGAUAAAGUUGUAGCAAAACGACAAGAAUAUGAAUAAAUCCGCUGGCAGUUCGCAGGUCCAGUCUUUGUGAAAAGAUUGAGGAAAAUACAGUAGUCUUGCUUGUCAACGACCGCACCAACCUAAUACUCGGUGUACUAAAUCUAAGUCGACCACGCCGCCCUGCACCAUGCCUCCAAAUAAGAGAAAAGCCGCGGCAUCUUCCCGCCGAGAUGAAUUCCAGGUGGUGGGCGCGGUUACUCUCCUCGAUAGGCACAUGAGUUUUGCCGAUGUCGCUGCUCCACCAUCUACCGGAGGCCUAUUUCCGGUUGCGCAAGUGCAGGACGGAAUCUCGUUCGCUGAAGGAACAUCUUCUAGAGACAAUGACUACAGCAACGCAAAUGACAAUGACAACAGCGAUGAAGAUCAGCAGCAGCUGUACAACGGCGUCGAAAAUAUGAAAGACAGUGCGACCUCCGCCACCGCGGGUAGUUCCUCCGAUCAAGUGCAACAUCUCUCCAUCGGAGGUUCACGACAACGGGUGUACCUGCCCGCCCAGAUGAGCCAGAGCGGUCCGGGCCCGGCUCUGCAGUCCGUGCUGCAGCGGGAAGCCCAGCGGAGCAUGGCUAUCGAGGAUGCCUUGCGGAGUAAAAAACUGCAACGGCAGAUGUCGCCUCGCGCAGAGGCAGCCAGAAGUAGGGUUGCGGCUCAAGGAGAGCCGGCUGUCGCGCUGGGGCGGAAAAGCAGUAGAAGUCCUGCUAACCGCGGAGCUACCACCAGCAACAGAAAACUGCAAUCUACAAGAGCGUCGCAGAAACCCGCAGCUGAAGACUUGCAGUUCCAGCAGCAAUCCCUUGUCGGCAUACAAGACAUCGCGAGAGCAACGAAGGUGGCGCAAAUAAAGCUGUCACCGCGAUCGGCGGGCAAGUCGAAGAUAGGUGGAAAAGUAACAAUUAAUACCGGCGCCCACGACGUUCUUGCUCCUGUUUUCAUGAGCAGGCUGGAUAUCAAAAAUACUAAUACAGGAGCUACUACUUCUGGUGACGACGUGAUGGAAGGACACACCAUUGAGGACGUGAUGCAGCGAGAGAAGUUGGUCCACCAAAAUGAUCAGCAACCCGGAAGAACUUUUGCUACUCAACAAGCAGACCAACUGCAGUCGUCGUCCCGGAAAAGUCGCUCACCAUCUUCCCGCAAAAGUACCAGGGGAGCUAAAUCGGAAGUAGUGAAAAGCACCUACGGCACACAGUCGCAGCAACAGCCACCUUCAACUACACAAGAAAUCGACGCACCUCGUCGCGACGGUCCGGCCCCUGGCGCCGGGCAAAGACCUGCAAAAUCAAAAAUUUACGAAGUGCAGGAACGGUUUCGAAGCGAACAACAAAUUCUGAGCUUUCAAGAAGGCCAAGUGGGGCAGCAAAGUUUUGACGUGCCGCAGAAUCAGCUACAAGCAGCAGGCGAAUUAUCGAAAACAAAUCCUUCAGCUUCUCCUCCUCGCAGACCGACCGUACCUCAACAAAAGGUGACAAUUGGGAAGGACAGAGACAGAGCUACGGGUAUGAAAUCAAAUAAAGUAAAGCGCGCAGGUAAAGAUAGUUCUCUUGCCGAACAGCAAC